GCCCGCGUGGAAAUAAAAAGUCGCCGCGCGCCGAAGACAACACGGUUUGUCGGAACCUCGGACGGCGGCGCAGCUCCGACAUGAUCUUUUUCGCAGGACUUGUUGUCUUCCUGCUGCUGCAGACAGCUGAAGCCGGAAUUGGGAACUCGAGUGAGUCCAGUUUCUGCACUGAGACAAAUGAAUGCCUGCUGUUUGAACUGGUUUGUCAGAAUGAGGAUUACGAGGUUCGUCACUACGACUCCUUGAAGUGGGUGUCAACGAAUGCGAGCUCCUACUUCGUAGAUCUGAGUUUUAUGAACUCCUUCAGAAGACUGUUUAAAUACCUCACCGGCUCAAAUGAGGAUGGUGCAAACCUUGACAUGACUGCUCCCGUGGUCAUCAAACUAAAUAAGAAGGCAUCAUUCUGGCAACCCCACGUCUACACUAUGAGUUUCCUGCUCCCCUCUAAAUAUCAGAAGAAUCCCCCAAAACCCACUGACGACAAGGUGUACUUUAAUCACAUGUCAGAAAUGAAGGUGUACGUCACUAGCUACGGAGGAUGGAUGCUAUCAUCGGUGGCCAAGAGGCAAGCUGAGCGCCUGGCCGACCUACUUGAUGACGCUGGAGCCAAAUACAAUCAUGAGUACAGCUACAUUGUGGGAUAUGACAGUGUGAUGAAGCUUUUCAACAGACACAAUGAGGUGUGGUAUGAAGUGGAGGGUGAGCCUGUGUGCCCUGCUGACAACUGAGUCAACUCCAUCUUGAGCAAUCAUCCGCCACAUGCAGAGGAAGCUGAAGGGACAGGAAGCUCUCACGACUUUACCAACAAGAAAGUGGGUCGUGGGCAGAAUUGGGGUUGUAUUACAGUCUCCAAAUUCUAGGCUACUGGGAAUUGUAAUUAAAAGCAGAUUGGUGACAUGUGAGUAAAUAAAAGUGUUUAAAAUUGAGAGGAUUUACUGGAAGAUUCAGUAACGGCUGAUUAGGUCUAUAGUGUUUGUGUGUACACCAGUGGUAUGUGGCAUGAUCCCCCCACGUCAAUUAAACUUGCAGCA